AUGCAGGAAAGUAAAUUAGAUUUCAAGAGCCUUGAAUCUGUCGAUGCAUCCAAUACUGGAAACAACUUGUACAUAACAGGAUUAUCCACGAGCGUUGCCUCCACUGAUCUUGACAAAUUUUUUAACAACGGAUCACCUGACAAUGAGAAUAACAAUCUUAUACGGAUAGAACUCACCGUAGGACAUGUACUGGACUGCAAUCUGGUUACAGACCCUUGCACCGGAGAAUCUCGUGGAUUUGGCUUUGUCAUAAUGGAAACUGUUGAGGACGCAGAACGCUGCAUCAAAUAUUUCGACCGGUCUGUUCUUGAAGAUCGAUUAGUUACCGUGGAAAGGGACGUGAUCGUGAUCAUGACCGCAGAUGAUCACGGAGCUAUUCACGUCGUAGGUGGAUGA